AUGGUUGAAUCACACAAGAAACGCCGUCUCUCGGGCGCAAGCACCACAGAGCAGGCUGAAGUCAAAAUUGAAGACACCACAACCACCGCCGAUGUCCCAACACAACCCCAAGCCAGGCGGACUUUGUUCGUCCGCUCACUACCCGUCUCGGCCACAACAGAAAGCCUCGCAGAACACUUCUCGCAAUCCUACGUGAUCAAGCAUGCUGUCGUGGUCAGCGAUCCCAAGACCAAGAUAUCGAAGGGCUUCGGUUUCGUCACAUUCGCCGAUCUUGAGGAUGCAGAAAGCGCUCUGAAGGAAUUGGACGGAUCCAAGUUCGAUGGAAAGAUCAUUCGUGUCGACUACGCCGAAUCCCGUAAGCGUGAGAUUGAUGAGAAGGUUGGCCGCAGUGUUCCCACCGCUGCGUCCGUCGAGUCCAAGCACAAGCGUGAGGAGGAAAGAGGACAGGGCGCACCGCCUAAGCUGAUUGUUCGCAACUUGCCGUGGACUAUUAAGGAGCCCGAGGAUCUCUCUGUUUUGUUCCGCAGCUUCGGAAAGGUCAAGCACGCUACUCUUCCCAAGAAGAACGGCAAGCUUGCUGGUUUCGGUUUUGUCAUUCUGCGCGGCAAGAAGAACGCCGAGAAGGCGCUGCAGAAUGUUAACGGAAAGGAGAUUGAUGGCCGUACAUUGGCUGUUGAUUGGGCUGUUGAAAAGGAUGUGUGGGAGACUACCAAGAAGGAGGAUGAGGAGGAAGAACCGAAAGAAGAGAAGGAAGAUGUCGAGAUGGAAGAUGCUGAUGGUCACUUGGAAGAGCCCUCAGACGACGAGACUUCCUCCGACGGAUCAGACGAUGAUGAAGAGGAUAACGAUCUGGAUGAGUUGGACGAGUUGGACGAAGACGCAGAAGACAAGGACGACGACCGCAACAACUCUACCAUAUUCCUCCGCAACCUGCCCUUCACCGCUACAGACGAUUCUCUCUACGAACACUUCGCCCAAUUUGGACCCCUACGGUACGCACGUGUGGUCCUGGACCACGAAACCGAGCGCCCUCGUGGCACUGGCUUCGUAUGCUUCUGGAAGGUCGACGACGCAAACACAUGUAUCCGCGAAGCCCCUCGAGCAAACGAUGUCAUGGCCCCGAACAAGGACAAGCCCAAGUCCAAUACUGCUAUGAAGCACUCAGUCCUCCAAGACGAGAAUAACGAUCCCAGCGGACGCUACACCCUUGAAGGCCGAGUCCUCCAAGUCGCCCGUGCCGUCAGCAAGGGCCAAGCCGCAAAGCUGGAAGAGGAGGGUGUAUCCCGCCGUCUAGUUCGCGACACUGACAAGCGCCGCCUCUACCUGCUUGGCGAAGGUACAAUCGCCACCAACUCCCCGCUGUACAAGAAACUCUCCCCCUCCGAAGUCAAGAUGCGCGAGGAAAGCUUCAAGCAGCGUGAGACCUUCAUCAAGAAGAACCCCGCUCUCCACCUCAGUUUGACCCGUCUCGCCAUCCGUAACAUCCCCCGUCACAUCAAUUCCAAGGACUUGAAGCAGCUUGCUCGUGAGUCCGUCGUCAACUUCGCCAAGGACGUCAAGAAGGGCGUCCGCCAGCCCCUCUCAAGAGAAGAGCAACAGCGCUCCCGCGAUACUAUGAAGGAACUUGAGCAGCUGCGCAAGCAGAAGAAGAUGGGUAUCGUCCGCCAGGCUAAGGUCGUUUUUGAAACCCGCGAGGGUACCAAGGUAUCCGAGAAGAGCGGUGGUGGCCGCAGUCGUGGAUACGGAUUCAUCGAGUACUUCACUCACCGACACGCGCUCAUGGGUCUGCGCUGGUUGAACUGCCACGCUAUCCAGGUGCCUGAAUCCGCGCAGAACGAGGACAAGGACAAGAAGAAGCGUCUUGUGGUCGAGUUCGCCAUUGAGAACGCGCAGGUCGUCAAGCGCCGUAAUGAGCUGCAGGCUAAGUCCCGCGAGCCGAAGCCCAAGAAGUCUGACGACGCCGAUGAAGGAAAGGACUCAGACAAGAACAGCAAGAAGAGGAAGCGCUCCGACAGCCGCGGUAAAGAAAAGGAUGGCAAGGGUGGCAAUGCAAAGGAUGCCGACGACAACGACGAUGAAGAAGAGAACAAGAUCGCCAAGCGUAACCGCAUCAUCUCGAAGAAGCGCAUGCAGCGCAAGUCCCGUAAGGGAAAAUGA